AUAGUGAAACGUAGGUGUAGCCUGAUGACAAGGUGUCCAUCAAACAGGAGGGUGGGUCCAACCGGCGAGUCGGGUUCUUUUCAGCAGCUGUCGAGGGCGCGAGAAGCAGUUUCUUCUACGCCUUACCUUUGAGAGGUAUUGGAAUAGGGAAUAGAGCGCGUCGCGUUAGCAUGGGAAAUGUCUAGAUAACACCUAGGCAUCUUUGACAGCCAACUUUUUGAAACUUCUACAUCAAGUGUGUUCUAACAUCCCAGGUGGUUUUCUAAUGUGGGGAUUGCUGGGGCUGUGAAUGGACACAAGAGGCCCUUGCUUUCUUAGAGCUUACAGUCUAGUAGGUGCUUUCUGAAGACGACUCGCCCAGAUCCCUACUCCGUGGAAGUGGUUGAUCUAUUCUGGUGCAAAGCUUCAAGGAGGGAGCUCACAGGACGACAUGGACCAACAGCUGAAGAAAAGGGAAAAGAAAGGCCUGGGUGGAAGAGCUGUCAGCAGGGACCAGUCACAGGCAGCCCAGCAGGAACCACCUGACGAGGCUUGGACCUUAAGCGAUGAAGAUGUGUGCUAUGAGACUAGCUUUCGGGUUGUCGAGGAGGAUUCCUUCUCUGACUGUUACAUAGAAUGCAUAAUAAGAGGGGAGUUUUCUGAACCCCUCGUGGAAGAGGACUCACUUCUUAAGUCCCUUGACUGCCUGAAAGAAGGAUCAGAACAAGAGCUCUCUCAACAGGUGCUUACAGCAAGCUCACUUCUCGAUUGUUCCUUGGAAUACAUGAAAAAGGGGGCAAAACAAGAACUUCCUCAACCAAGUGUCGGAGAGAAUUCACUUCUUGAGUUUUCUGAGUACGUGCCAGGCAAGAAGCUUCCUCCUGGAAAAAUACCCAGCACUGACUUUUCAGAUCCUGAAGCUCUCACAGAAUGUGCUAGGACGAAGCCAAGUAAAAAUAAAAGUGCUCCAGAGAAAAUUGUCUGUCCUGAGAGUGGAUGCACAAGAGAGUUCAUCAGCAGAGCUUCUCUGAGAAAGCAUCUCUCCGUUCACAGUCCCCGGGAUCACGUGUGUGCAGAAUGCGGGAAGGCCUUCAAGGAGAGCGCAAAACUAAAAAGGCAUUUUCUGGUUCAUACUGGAGAGAAGCCAUUUCCCUGCACUUUUGAAGGAUGCGGAAAACGCUUUUCACUGUCCUUCAAUUUGCGUACACAUGUGCGCAUCCACACCGGGGAGAAACCUUUCGUGUGUCCCUUUGAAGGCUGUCGCAGGAAGUUUAUUCAAUCAAAUAACAUGAAAUCUCACCUCUUAACUCAUACAAAGGCCAAUACAAAUCAGUGAAAGAAGACUGAAAAUAAUCCCCUCACAUGAUAAGCAUUUUUGAUUGGGGACAGAUAUGCCUCACUGAUUAUUGUUUCAGGAAACAAUUUUUAAAUCAAGGUAUUUUUUUUUUUUUUAAUGUUACAAAGAUGCUCCUAUAGUCUACAGUACUUUGUAACUUUGCAUGUAGAAUUAUGAUGUGCUUCCAAUAGUAAGGUCAUUGAUGAACUUAAUUCAAAAGCAUAAUCCUUAAUUACUACAAAUCGUACCCUUUUUUUUGGAUAUGGGACUUAAUAUCGCAUACUAUAAAUAUGAAAUUAAUUUUGCUUUUUUAAGGUGGUAGUUUCCAGUUUAGCUUUUUCCUUUUAUGAAUUUCUCAAUACAUGCGAUAAUUCUAGAGAAUAAAAGUUGUGUAGUAGAUUGUCAAUAAAUGACUAGUUAACCAUUUUU